AUGGCAGAGGAUAGGAAAGACGAAGCGAAGGCACCACACUGGACUUCAGGUCAGCUAACAGAGGCUUCUUCACACCCACAUUCACCUGAAAUUAAGGAACAGGGUGGCGCGGGUGCUGGACUGGUCAGAAGUGCCAAUGGAUUUCCCUACCGAGAGGACGAGGAGCCGGGGCUGAGUGGCCAUGAGCAGCCGGGGACAUAUGCUCGGACCAAAGAGAAUGGGAUCAAUGGAGAGCUGUCGUCGGGGGACAGAGAGACCGCAGAAGAAGUGUCUGCAAGGAUAGUACAAGUAGUAACAGCUGAAGCUGUAGCAGUCCUGAAAGGCGAGCAGGAAAAAGAAGCACAGCACAAAGAUCAGCCUGGACCACUACCUUUAGCAGUCGAAGAGUCAGCCAACCUGCCUCCUUCCCCGCCUCCGUCGCCAGCUUCCGAGCAGACUGGAGCUUUGGAGGAAGGUAAGGAACCAGUAGAGAGUCCGAUGGCUGUGGAAGCAAAACCUGCUGCUCUUUCUGGGAAGCAACUGGGGAAAGAGCACGGGCCCACUGAGCCUUCGGCCCAGGCAAAGAGCCUCUGUGAGGGUCAGUCGGAUGCAGGUUUGGAGGCCAAAGUGUGUCAUGAAGACAAAGUGCCAAGUGUGGCAUCCAGCAGGCAGAGUGUAACCAUUGUGGCGGAAACGCCCCUGGAAGAGACAUCCCCUUCCUCAGCUGAGGAAGAUUUACUUGCAGCCACGAAGAUGGAAUUCCGUGUCCAGGAGGGCGCACGCCCUUUCACAUCAGAACCAUUAGACACAAAGCAACAUGAAUCUGGGAAAGACAGUAAGACUGGUGAGCAACCUAAACAUGAUGCCUUAGUUCCACAGCCAGCAAAAACAGAGGCUAUUGAUAAACAGGAUUCACAGAGCAAAGACAAAGAAAACAUGCCUUCACCUCUAUCAGAACAGAUCUUGGAAACUGAUUCGCAAAAGAAAGGGGAAGCCAGUUUUGCAGAACCUGCUGCCAAGCCUCCUGCUUCUCAAGAACAAAAGGACUUGUCCUCUGAACUGCCUAAAGGGAGCAAAACAGAAGAAAGGACUUCAGAUGCACCCUCAUCAUCCAACCAAGUUAUGUCUAUGAAAUUUAAAGAUGACCUUAAAGAUGUCCAAGAUCUUGCCAUCAGCCGUGGUGAAAGUUCUCUGUUGCUAUCAGAACCCAAGGCAGAAGCAGCCAAAAGUGAACUUCACUUCACAGGCCUGUGUCCCACUGUCCCCCAGGACCUUCCACUCAAAGACAGUUUCAAAACAAAACAAGAACUCACUGACCAACUGUUUGCCAAAGGUAUCACUAAAGAUGAACAGAUACACAGAGACAGGACACUAGCUCUACAGGAGGUCUCAGCAGUAACUGUAGAUGGCCUGAAAACACCAAGCACCCAGAAAAUCCCUCCAUGGGGGGAGGAAAAGGACAUGACCAAGGAUGAGAGUGAUGAGGAAGAAAGGUAUGACUUCUAUGAUAAAGGGGAGGCUCGAAUAUUAGAUGAUGGUAAAUUUACCACAAAACCUGAAGUUAAGACACUUUCCCUAGACCAGCCAGACUUUCAAAAGGAUGAUGAAGCUAAAAAGUCACCUGAUCUUCUCAAAGCAGAAAAAGAAGUGGACCAAAGUGGGCUCCCAGCAGCAGUAGACAUGAAAAAGGAAGUCCAGCCAAGCACACAGGUACCCCCACCCAAGUUAAGUCAUGAACUGACCCUUGAGAAAACAUUAGAGCACACUGAUACCACUCAGUUAUCCAGAAUAACAGAGAAAGCCCCUGAGGCACCAAGUUUAACCACUGACAAGACUCCUACUCUAGAACCUUCUCAAGAGAAAGAUGUUAAAAAAGAUACCAAGGAGGAGAAGACAAGUGUUUCAGCUUCUCAUCAAAUGAAAGAAGAGGAGGAUCGAUCAGGAAUGUCAAAGUAUUUUGAAACCUCUGCUCUGAAAGAGGAAGCCUUCAAAGCAGACGCUCUGAAACAGGGCAGUGAUUACUAUGAGCUAAGUGACACUAAGGAGAGUGUGUAUGAGCCUUAUCAGACAGAUCGUCUAAUACCAGAAGACAAAGAGGAAGAGGAGGAAGAAUUACAGACAGAAUUGGAUCAGCAGCAGAGUGGGCCUGCUCAUGAAAUAGGGUACAGUACCCUGGCUCAGAGCUUUACACCAGACAAAUCUGAAGAACCAAGUUCCCCAACAGAAAGAAUGUUCACUAUUGACCCCAAAGUCUAUGGGGAUAAGAGAGAACUCCACAGUAAAAAUAAAGAUGACCUAACUCUGAGCAGGAGCUUGGGACUUGGGGGAAGAUCUGCAAUUGAACAGAGAAGUAUGUCUAUUAACUUGCCCAUGUCCUGCCUGGAUUCAAUAGCUCUAGGAUUUAGCUUUGGUCGUGCACAUGAUCUUUCUCCCCUUGCUUCAGAUAUUCUAACUAACACUAGUGGAAGUAUGGAUGAAGGUGAUGACUACUUGCCAGCAACCACACCAGCAGUGGAGAAGGCCCCCUGCUUCCCCAUUGAUAGUAGAGAGGAAGAUGAGCAGAUUGAAGAAGAAAAAGCAACGGCAGAAGAAAAAGUCCCGCCUGAGACCUUGGUUGAAGCACCUUUCCUGGCCAAAGAAUAUUACAAAAAUGGGGCUGUCCUGGCUCCGGACCUGCCUGAAAUGUUAGACUUAGCGGGAACAAGAUCUAGAUUAGCCUCCGUGAGUGCAGAUGCUGAGAUGGCACAAAAGAAGUCAGUUCCUUCUGACACUGUUGUGGAAGACAGCAGCACAGCCCUGCCACCUGUGACAGAUGAAAACCACUUAACUCUAAAAGCUGAAAGCCAGUUAGAAGACUUGGGCUACUGUGUUUUCAAUAAGUACACAGUCCCGCUCCCUUCUCCAGUUCAGGACAGUGAGAAUUUAACAAGUGAAACCUGUCCCUUUUACGAAGGCACAGAUGAAAAACUGAGACGUGGCCUGGCUCCCGACCUGUCUUUAAUAGAAGUGAAGCUGGCAGCAGCUGAAAAAUCAAAAGAAGAAUUCCUCGGUGAAAAAGACUUAGGUCAGCAAGCCACUGGUGAAUCCAUUCUGCCAAGGGACUUUGAGCAGGAGAAAAAAGAAAAGUUGGAUACUGUGCUAGAAAAAAGCAAAGAUCAAGUUGACUCCAAAGAGGUCUAAAUGAAAGAAGAAAGUGUGGCUGAUAAAGUUCAUGUAACCCAUGAUACCAUGUAUGAUAGAAUAUCAGCUUCAGAGAUAGCAAUAGAAAAGGAUGCUGUUUCUUUGUUGAUGGAGAAGGAGAAGACGCUUAGUGUUGUUCCUGAAAUAGCUGAGAUAGAAGCUCCAAUCAAACCAGAUUACAAUGCUAUAAAGCACGAUUUGGAAGUGGCUGCAAGGAGAGCUGACCAAGAAUAUCAGAGUCAGUUAGAUUCUAAGAUCAGUGAGGUCGUUUCUCUCCCCUCAGGGAAGGACAAAGCCUCUGUUAAAAGAGCAGAGCCUGAACCCAAAGACACUCAACAGAAAGAUCAGACCAUCUUGUCCAGAGAAGCAAAGGAUGCAGAUGUACUUUCCAAGACCGAGCCUAGUUAUGUGAAGUAUUCAGACAGCACCAAAUUGUCUGAAACAGAAAUUAAGGAAAAAGUAACUAAGCCUGAUCUGGUACAUCAAGAGGCAGUUGAUAAAGAGGAAUCUUAUGAAUCUAGUGGAGAGCAUGAUCAAGCCCAAGAAGGUUUGAAUGGAGAAUCCUUGAAACCAGAGGAUUUCAAAGCAGAACCUCCAAAACUUCCCGUGUCUGGGGAAGAGAUGCCUGCACAGUUACCAGCAAAAGAGCCUUCUAUGGAGCUCCUCCUUCCAAAAGCUGAGCCUCUCCAGGAAGAGCCUGCUGAGAUUCAGAUGGAGAGUAUACCACAGCCUGCAGAAGGAACUGAAAAGAUUCCUGACACAGCUGUGAAACCUGUGGAAAUCCAACAGCUGCUGCUGUAUGAAGUGACGGCUGGGGCCACAAAAGGGGAAGAACAUGAGGAAGAAGAGGUAGAAGUAAGGCAAGAAGAAAAAGAGGAGGAUGAACAGCAUCUAAUAUCAGAAAUGCCCUCAGAAAUAGACUUUGGGAAACCUACUGCUGAAGAAAUGCUAGCCAAGGGUAGCCCAGAAGCACUGCCUGAACUGAAAGGCAUUAUUGAAUCGGUGGUGACGGUAGAGGAUGACUUUAUCACAGUGGUGCAGACAACAGUUGAUGAGGGUGAAUCUGCUUCUCACAGCGUGCGCUUUGCUGCUACUCAGCAGGAAGACAUCGAAACAGGAGCCUCCCAAGCUGAAGAGGAGCUGGAGGUUGAGGAAGUGGCUGACAUGCAAGUUGAGCCCAAGGAGGGCUCCCCAGAAGCUCCUGCUUCACCCCAGAGAGAAGAAAUCCUACUCACCGACUACAAGACAGAGACGUGUGAUGAUUACAAAGAUGAAACAACAAUUGAUGACUCCAUCAUGGACACAGACUGGGCAGAUACUCAAGAUGAUGAUAGGAGCAUCAUGACUGAACAGUUAGAGACUGUUCCUAAAGAGGAGAAGGCAGAGAGAGAAUUGCGAAGAUCAUCUCUCGAUAAGCAUAAAAAAGAGAAACCUUUUAAAACUGGGAGAGGCAGGAUUUCUACUCCUGAAAGGAAAAUAGCUAAAAAGGAACCUAGCACACUCUCCAGAGAUGAAGUGAGAAGGAAAAAAGCAGUGUAUAAGAAAGCUGAACUUGCUAAAAAAACUGAAGUUCAGGCCCACUCUCCCUCCAGGAAAAUCAUUUUAAAACCUGCUAUCAAAUAUACUAGACCAACUCAUCUCUCCUGUGUUAAACGGAAGCAGACAGCAGCAGGUGGUGAAACAAACCAGGCUCCUGGUGUAUUUAAACAAGCAAAGGAAAAACUCUCAGAUGGAGUAAGCAAGAGUCCCGAAAAGCGUUCCGCUCUACCAAGACCUUCCUCUAUCCUUCCUCCUCGAAGAGGUGUAUCAGGAGACCGAGACAGAGAGGAGAACUCCCUCUCCCUCACAGCUUCCCUCUCCUCUUCAGUACGACGGACCACCCGAUCAGAGCCAAUUCGUAGAACAGGAAAAAGUGGAACUUCUACCCCCACUACCCCUGGCUCCACUGCCAUCACUCCAGGGACACCACCAAGCUAUGCCUCCCGUACCCCAGGCACUCCAGGGACACCCAGCUACUCCAGAACCCCCCACACUCCUGGGACCCCUAAAUCUGCCAUACUGGUACCUACUGAGAAAAAAGUUGCCAUAAUUCGCACUCCACCUAAAUCUCCAGCCACUCCAAAGCAGCUACGAGUUAUUAAUCAGCCUCUACCUGACCUCAAGAACGUCAGGUCCAAAAUUGGAUCAACAGAUAACAUCAAAUACCAGCCCAAAGGGGGGCAGGUACAAAUCGUAACCAAGAAGAUCGACUUGAGUCAUGUGACUUCCAAGUGUGGCUCACUCAAGAAUAUCCACCACAAGCCAGGAGGAGGGCGUGUGAAAAUUGAGAGUGUGAAACUGGAUUUCAAAGAAAAAGCUCAGGCUAAAGUUGGUUCACUGGAAAAUGCCCACCACGUACCUGGUGGUGGUAAUGUCAAGAUUGACAGCCAGAAGCUAAACUUCAGAGAGCAUGCUAAAGCCCGUGUCGAUCACGGGGCUGAGAUCAUCACGCAGUCACCAGGCAGGUCCAGCGUGGCUUCACCACGCAGACUCAGCAACGUCUCGUCCUCUGGAAGCAUCAACCUGCUUGAAUCGCCCCAGCUUGCUACCCUUGCUGAAGAUGUCACGGCAGCCCUCGCUAAGCAGGGCUUAUGA